ACUCCGCACGAGCUCGCUACCGGGGAAAGGCCUAACCUCGCCGGCCUUCCUCGCUUUGGUGCCACUGUAUGGGUGCGUGUUGAUCCCCUUUCCAAGCUCGGUGUCAGGUCCAAGCGCGGCCGCUGGGUUGGCUUCGAUCUGCAGAGCAAGGGUCACCGGGUGUAUUGGCCGGACAAGCGGACCAUCAGCAUCGAGCGCGAUGUCCGUUUCAAGCCAGAUGUCUCCACCGCCGCAGUCGAUGUGCUGCUCGAGGGGGAGCACUUGCAAAACGAUCAGCACUCUCCUGCUGAGUCAACUGGCCAGCAUGCACCUGAAAAGACUGUGGUACCUGUCCCAGAACCCAUUGUUGGCGCUGAUACGGACCAAGGCUGUGACCCACCUCCACAUGUACAGCCCGAGCCAAGAGCACAACGCACAUGCAAGCCAUCACAAUGGAUCAAGGACCUACAAUCCAGUGUGGGCACUGCGGGCGGCCGGGGAGCACAGAAGCUUCCCUCAUCAAUA